UCCGGGGUGGCGGUUUCGUGGUCUCCGCUAACCUGCCUUUUCUGUUUUAUUUCUCUCGCUUGCAGGGUUUAAACGCUCCGAACCGAAACCAGAUCGCCGUUAAGGCUGUUGCGUUAGUUUGACACCUCGAAAAAAAAGCGUUUUGUUUUCCCUGGCUAUUCAUAUUUCGUUUUAGGAUUUUGUUUUUGUUUAAGCGGGGCCUAGCGGGCUAAGCCGAAGCCGCGGUGUCGGGUUGAUGCUGAGCCGGGAGAGGGAUUCGGGAACAGCGCGGGCAAGGGUAUUUACACUGUAGUAAACGGCUAAACCGCAGGGGGUGUUUUCCUUGUAAAUACUGUUAUUUGUAUAUACUGUAAAUGAUGACUUCGGUGGGCAGCAGCCGGGCCCGGGGAACCUGGGAGCAGCCGCAGCCACAGACACAGGCACAGAGCCAGACACAGCCACAGCAUAAGCAGCGGCCACAGGCCACAGCAGAGCAGAUUCGACUGGCGCAGAUGAUUUCGGACCACAAUGAUGCCGAUUUUGAGGAGAAAGUAAAUCAGCUCGUUGAUAUCACAGGAAAGAACCAGGAUGAGUGCAUGAUCGCUGUGCACGACUGCAAUGGAGACGUGAACAGAGCCAUCAAUGUGCUGCUGGAAGGGAACCCUGACACGGACUCGUGGGAGAUGGUAGGGAAGAAGAAAGGGGUCUCGGGGCAGAAGGACAGUGGCGGGCAGUCGGAGUCGAAUGAGGAGGGCAAAGAGAGCCGCGACAGAGAGCGAGACGCGAACCGCCGACGAGGGGGCGUGGCUAGGAGGGGCCGGGGGACCAGCCGCGGGAGAGAGUACCGUGGGCAGGAGAACGGGCUCGAUGGAAAGAGUGGGGGAACCACAGGAAGGGGUGCAGAGAGGGGGAGAAGGGGGCGAGGACGAGGCAGAGGCGCUGGCUCUGGCAGAAGGGCGGGCAGGUUUUCUGUUCAAGGCAUGGGCCAGAUUGAUAAGGGCUCAAGAUAUGAUUUUUCGAGAGAUGACAGGACCUUCAACCCAGCCGACUACGCCGAUCCCAGCAGUGCCGAUGACCACUACGGGAAUACCGGCGGGAGCACGUGGAACAACACUGGGAGCUUCGAGCCAGACGACGGGGCCAGACUUGAAUUCAGUGGUGGCGAGGGGACAAAUUAUCCCCGGAAAUUUGAUUCUGCUCCUGGUGCGUGGAGGACCGCGACGGAGGAGUGGGGCACAGAGGACUGGAACGAAGAUCUUUCAGAGACGAAGAUAUUUACAGCUUCCAGCGUGGCUGCGAUGCCUCUUCCUCAGGAGAAUGUGACCAUCACAGCAGGACAGAGGAUUGACUUGGCGGUGUUGCUGGGAAAGACCCCCUCCUCUUCCUUGGAGAACGAGCCUGGUCCCUUGGAGGUGUCCCAGCCUCCCUCUCUGUCCCAGUCUCUGGUGUUCAGCAGUUCCAAACAGAGCUCCCGGUCCCAGGCCCCCUCCUCUGGAGCCGGCUUCCCCCAGCACAACAUGGUCAGCAUGCUGGGGAAAGGCUUCGGAGACAUGGGAGAGCCGAAGGGAGGAAGCGGUGGGGGCCCCGGCACCACCAGCGGCUCCCAGUUCUUGGAGCAGUUCAAGACGGCCCAGGCACUGGCCCAGCUGGCCUCCCAGCACUCGCAGCCCGGAGCGGGGCACCCCCCAGCUCCCUCAUCCUGGGACCUGGGAGCAGGAACGCAGCCGUCCUCGCUGGGGCAGUACGAUUUGAAGACGCAGUCCGAGUCUUCUCCUCACAGCCCCUUUGCUAAGCGGCAGUCGUACCAGCCCUCCUCCAGCAUAAUGGAGGCCUUCAUGCAGCAGGACAAAGCCGUCUCCGCCUCCUUGCCCUCCGCCACGGCCCCCCCUUCCUCCCCACUGUCCAGCAAACCCUCCUCUUCCUCGGCGCAGCAACAGAUGUCCCCUGGCUCGUCGGACAACCAGUCCUCCAGCCCCCAGCCCACCCAGCAACACAAACUGAAGCAGCAGAAGAAAAGAACUAACAUUACCACUAAGAUCCCAGCUCUGGCUGUGGAGAUGCCUGGCACGUCGGACAUCGUGGGGCUAAACCUGCAGUUCGGGGCGUUGCAGUUCGGGUCAGAACCAGCCCUGCCAGAGUACGACUCCACCCCAGCAACCAGCACCCCCGCCGGGCAGACCCAGAAGAGCCUCUACACCAGCGCUGCCAGUGAAUCUGUGUCUGUGAUCCAGUCGAACCCGAGCCAGGAGCCUGGGUACCAGUGCAGCGUCCUGCCCCCAGCCUCCACAUACCCACCCCAGCAGCAGCAAGGCUCCACCCAGGCCACGUUGUACGAGCAGAGAGCCACGCAGACGCGCCGCUACCCCAGCUCCAUCUCCUCCUCCCCGCAGAAAGAGCUUCAGCAGAGCAAGUGGAGCUCCAGCGUGAUGAAUGAAGAGGCUCUCGGUUCGCAGUGUAAUGGGUUUGUCUCGAUGCAGACGACGCAAGCUGUGGAAGUGAAGACAGUAGACUCCCCUCCUGUCUCCAGCAUGUCUUCUCUCCCUGACUCCGUGUCGGCUGCCUCUUCCUCUUCCUCCUCCUCCUCCUCCCUCCUCAUCACAGCCAGCCCGCACUCGACCACUCUGAGCAGCAUGAGCCACAGCGAGGAUCUCCCAGGCACCACGGCGCCCCCUGCCCAGCAGCACAGCAGCUCUUUAUCCACACAACAGAACAGCCUUUCAUCCUCUUCCUCGUCCUCUGCACGCGUUUCAGCAUCACCUUUAAUGCAGCACGCGAGCGUGGAGAGUGAGCCGGUCCUGCAUACCUCGUCCAGCACCUUCUCCUCCUCUUCCUCUUCCUCCGGAGCCGUGGCUGGCGUGUCCAGCUGUGUGUCGGCGGUGCCCCAGGCGGUCAGCGUGGCCUCGUCCAGCCUGGGUCCGGUCAGCAGCCUGGGCAUCGGACUGAGCGGAAACUCCGGUCCCAUCCAGGGGUCCUCGCGCAGCUCCCUCGCACCCGUGUCAGGGAAAGCGCCUCCAAAUCUCCCUCCUGGCGUACCUCCGUUGCUGCCCAACCCCUACAUCAUGGCUCCAGGAUUGCUCCAUGCUUAUCCACCUCAGGUCUAUGGCUAUGACGAUUUACAGAUGCUGCAGACCAGGUUUCCACUGGAUUACUACAGCAUCCCUUUUGCAACGCAGGCCACAGCGCUGACGGGGAGAGACGGCAGCCUGACCAGCAACCCUUAUCCUGGUGACCUCACUAAGUUUGGUCGUGGCGAUGCCUCCUCCCCGUCCCCGGCCACCACGCUGGCUCAGCCUCAGCAGAACCAGACUCAGCAGCACCACGGCGCCCAGCAGACAUUCCUGAACCCCGCGCUGCCUCCGGGUUACAGCUACACCAGCCUGCCCUACUACACCGGGGUGCCCGGGCUCCCCAACACCUUCCAGUACGGCCCCGCCAUGUUCCCUGUGAGUCUCCAGUCCCACUCCCCGGCCCCUAUUACACACCUGAGCUUGUUAGCUAGACACACUGGGGCUUAUCAAGCUGGUAGCAGUAAAACCUGGACUGGGUGACACUGCUGUGCAAUA